UAUUCCAGAUGUAUAUAUAUAUAUAUAUAUAUAUAUAUAAAGAACAUGUGUCCCCUUCAUCAUUCACUCGUUUAAUUUAGUUUAGUUUAGUUUCCGGUUGUUUAGAUGACAUCAAACUCUUUGGAGCGAUCUGACACAGCGGUGGAGAAGGGCAGGAAAUGACGUAAAGACAAGGAACCAACGAGAACUAAAACUAUUAAGUGUUUAUCGAAGGAUGGAUCCGACCAGAAGUAACUAAAGAUACCUACAAAGUCUUAAUCUGAGGAUGGAUCCCGACCAGGGUGACGGACCUGGGGUCGGGGGGCUGGAGGGGGACCAGGGUGACGGACCGGGGGUCGGGGGGCUGGAGGAGGACGGAGCGGCGGCACCGCAGCCCCCCGCGGGGAGCGACGUAAGCGACGGGCCGGAGUCCUGUCUGGAUCAUUCCGAUUCAGACGCUCAUGAAUUCGUAACAUUCAGACCAUCGUCUCUUCCAGAGCAGCACUAUGCCCCCAGCACCUCGGAGCCGCUCAGCAGCGGCCUGCGGACGCUCUCUGAGCUGCUGUCUUGGGGGCGGAGCUCUGCCAGCCCGCUGGACGUGGCCACCGUGCCUCUCGCUGCACGGGACCCCCCGCUGGCGACCAGCGGCCACCGCACCCUGGUGUCACAUGACAUGAUGGGGGGUUACCUUGACGACAGGUUCGUCCAGGGGACAGAGUCGGAGGCGCCCUAUGCCUUCUACCACUGGCAGCACAUCGACAUCUUCAACUACUUCACCCACAACCUGGUGACCGUCCCGCCGGCCGUGUGGAUCAACGCGGCUCAUCGGCACGGGGUCCUGGUGAUGGGGACGUUCAUCACUGAGUGGACGGAAGGCGCCGCGGUGUGCGAGGCGUUCCUCACCGAUGAAGAGUCGUACCGGCAGGUCGCCGACCGGCUGGUUCAGAUCAGCCACUACCACGGCUUUGACGGCUGGCUGGUGAACAUCGAGAACAGCCUCAGUAAAGGCGCCGUGAGGAACACGCCUCUCUUCCUGCGCUACCUGACGGACCAGAUGCACCUGCGGCGGCCCGGCAGCCUGGUGAUCUGGUACGACAGCGUGCUGGAGGACGGGAAGCUGGAGUGGCAGAACGAGCUGAACACGCGCAACAGGAUUUUUUUUGAUGCCUGUGACGGUUUGUUCACCAACUACAACUGGACGGAGAGCAGCCUAGAGGCCAUGGGCUCCAUGGCUGCUGAGGACGCCGCCCUCGGGGGCCGGCGGGCCGACGUGUACGUGGGGGUGGACGUCUUCGCCAGGGGGGAGGUGGUCGGGGGCAUGCUGGACACCAACAAGGCGCUAAAACUCAUUCGGAAACACAACUUCUCAGCGGCCAUCUUCGCCCCAGGCUGGGUGUACGAGACUAUUCCUGAUAAGACCAGCUUCCGCCUCCACCAGGACAAGUUCUGGGCGCUGCUGUCGGACUGGCUGGAGCCCCAUCGUUCCACCACAACGCUCCCCUUCGUCUCAUCCUUCUGUCAGGGCUUUGGGAAGGCCCUCUACUGGAGGGGCCAGCUGGAGAAGAGGGGCGGCUGGUUCAACCUCAGCGCCCAGGAGCUGCAGCCGCUGUACGGCCAGGAGGCCCUGAGGGCGAGGGCCCCCCCGGAGGAGGAGGGCGGGGGGCUGAGGGCGAGGGGCUGCCCGGAGGAGGCCUGGAGUGGGGGCAGCUCCCUGCUACUGGAGGGGCAGCUGGCUGCCGCCGAGCCCCCUGGGGUCGGGUUCAGGGUCUUCUCCCUCCAGCUCCCUCUCCCCCCCGUCUCCCUGGUGACGCUGGUUUUCAAGUCUUCAGCCGGAGUCAGCGUCUCACCGGAGUUACGCUGGAUUAAAGACAAAACGAUAGAGGUCACAGGUCGCCCUGCGGCCCUGGAGGACUCGGACCCAGUGGUCAGGACCCUGGACCGGCUCAGCGGAGGCUGGGGCCGCGGCGGAUGGACCGUCCGGUGCUACCGUCUGGAGCUCCAGGACUGUGAGCUGAGAGAGGUCCUGGUCUGGGUGCAGCGGGAGCAGCCCCACGACGUGGCCUUCUCCUGCCGCCUGGGGGAGGUGAUGGUCCUGGACCAGGCCGGCCUUCAGGCCCCCCGCGAGGCGGUCCGGGGGGUCUGCAUCGAGGAUGUGGUGUGGCACCGGGCCCCCGGCGGGGCCCUGCGCCUCAGCGCCACGCUGCGCUGGAGCUUCCCUCCCCGGCUCUGGCGCUACUUCCACCUGUCGUGGCGGCGGCUGAGGGGCCCGGGGCCCCGCGGCCAGGCCGGGCCCCCGGUGCCGCUGGGCCGGGCGUACUCCACCCUGUUCCGCCUGACGGAGCUGGAGGUCCCGGGGCCCCCCGCCAGGGUGGAGCUGAGGGUGGAACCCGUCCUGAAGGAGGGCCUCCUGGUCCCGGAGGCCCUCUGGGGCCGGAGGAGCCUGAGCUACUCAGGACCAGUGGAGACCAGUGGAGACCAGUAGACAUUAGAGAUCAAGACCUGUAGAGACCAAGACCAGUGGAGACCAGUAGACAGUAGAGACCAAGACCUGUAGAGACCAGUGGAGACCAAGACCAGUGGAGACCAGUAGACAGUAGAGACCAAGACCUGUAGAGGCCAGUGGAGACCAAGACCAGUGGAGACCAGUAGACAGUGGAGACCAAGACCUGUAGAGACCAAUGGAGACCAAGACCAGUGGAGACCAGUAGACAGUAGAGACCAAGACCUGUAGAGACCAGUGGAGACCGAGACCAGUAGAUAGUAGAGACCAAGACCAGUAGAGACCAAGACCAGUAGAGACAUUGGAGACCAAGACCAGUAGAGACAGUGGAGACCAAGACCAGUAGAGACCAAGACCAGUAGAGAUCCUCUAACCUGAGCUACUCAGGACCAGUGGAGACCAGUAGAGACCGAGACCAGUGGAGAACAGUAGAGACCAAUAGAGACCAGUAGAGACCGAGACCAGUGGAGACCAAGACCUGUGGAGACCAGUGGAGACAGUAGAGACCAGUGGAGACCAAGACCUGUGGAGACCAGUGGAGACAGUAGAGACCAGUGGAGACAGUAGAGACCGAGACCAGUGGAGACUAGUAGACCAGUGGAGACCAAUAGAGACCAGUAGAGAUCAGUGGAGACACUGGAGACCGAGACCAGUGGAGACAGUAGAGACCAGUGGAGACAGUAGAGACCGAGACUAGUAGACCAGUGGAGACCAAUAGAGAUCAGUGGAGACACUGGAGACCAGUAGAGACCAAGACCAGUAGAGACCAGUAGAGACCCUCUAACCUGAGCUACUCAGGACCGGUGGAGACCAAUAGAGACCAGACCAGUGGAGACCAGUAGACAGUAGAGACCAGUAGACAGUAGAGACCAGCAGAGACCAAGACCGGUGGAGACCAGUAGACGUCCUCUAACCUGAGCUACUCAGGACCAGUGGAGACCAAGACCAGUAGAGACCAGUAGAGACACUAGAGACCAGUAGACACCAGUGGAGACCAGUAGACGUCCUCUACCCUGGUCUACUCAGGACCAGUAGACGUCUAACCCGACCUGGAGGACCAGUGGAUGAUGAACAACGGUUCAGGGACACCUUGAACCCUAACCCUAAUGAAGACCUCCUCCUCCUCCUCCUGCAGAGCUGCCUGGUCCCUGGAGGGGGGGGGGGUCCCAUUAGUGCAGCUCGCUGAAACAUGUUCAUGGACCAUCUGUUGCAGAUAGAACCUAAAAAAUUACUGUCAAAUGCUUUAUGAAAUAAAACAUCAGCCCUCCAAAGAA